GGACUAGGGUGAUGUUUCCCGAGUGCUGGUCAAUCUGGAAAGGGCUGUGGAGAGCCGGUUUGGAUGCAAUCAUUUGAGCUGGAUCUGGAGCUGGGAGACUUGCUGCAGGAGUUUAAUGAUGUUGUGAAGGAGCUGAGCACACCCCAGGCCUCUGAACAUGUGCCGAGAGACGUGAAGAGACACACAGCACUGACUGAUGGAGACGAUUCAGACUACUGCAGCGAGGCUUCGCUGGUAAACAGCUUGAAUGCCAGUCAAGAGGAGCUCAACAUCCCAAGCAUAACCACAGCCCCAAAAGCCAGGCUCGGGGAUACCAGUGACCUACAGAGCUUCAUCGAAAACCUGGAUAGAGAGCUUGCAGAGAUGUGAGAUGACGGGACACACGUGAUCAGAGAGGACUGAGCACCUGAAGAGCUGGCAUUUAGCUUCCACGCAUAGAAAAACACAGCUUGAAGGCCUCAUUUCCCCCCCUUCACUAAGAAAAAAAGCUCACGGUUUGGAAGAAUUACCAAGUUUCUCAGAAGAUGUUUUAU